AUGGAGAUUUCACAAGGCUCCGACGAAUCCCACCGGCGAAAGUUCGCUCUUCCGGUGGACUCCGAGCACAAAGCAACCGAAUUCCGGCUACUCUCGUUCGCCGCCCCCCACAUGCGCGCGUUCCAUCUCUCCUGGAUCUCAUUCUUCGCCUGCUUCGUCUCGACUUUCGCCGCCCCUCCCCUCAUCCCCAUCAUCCGCGACGACCUCGAUUUAACCGCCACCGACAUCGGCAACGCCGGAAUCGCCGCCGUUUCCGGCGCGAUUUUCGCACGAGUGGCAAUGGGAACGGCGUGCGACUUAUUCGGGCCGCGGCUGGCCUCCGCCUCGUUGACCCUCCUCACGGCUCCGGCGGUCUACUCUACCGCCACAGCCUCUUCUCCGGCGGGUUUCCUCCUCGCCCGAUUCUUCACCGGCUUCUCCCUCGCCACCUUCGUCUCGACCCAGUUCUGGAUGAGCUCUCUCUUCUCUGCCGGAGUCGUCGGAACCGCCAACGGACUCGCCGGAGGCUGGGGAAACCUCGGCGGCGGCGCCACACAGCUUGUCAUGCCGCUCGUCUACGAUCUCAUCCUCCGGGCCGGACCGGACCGGUUCACUGCCUGGCGGAUCGCAUUCUUUGUCCCGGCCAUGUUUCAAACCCUCUCGGCCUACGGGAUCUUCUUCCUCGGCCAGGAUUUACCGGACGGGAACUACUCGGAGCUACAUAAAUCCGGCGAGAAGCAUAAAGAUAGAUUCUCUAGCGUCUUCUCGGGAGCGCUCGGGAACUACCGGGGAUGGAUAUUGGCGUUGACCUACGGGUACUGCUUCGGAGUCGAGCUCACGAUCGACAACAUAAUCGCACAGUACUUCUACGACAGGUUCGGGUUGAGCCUGCACACGGCGGGUUUGAUAGCGGCGAGUUUUGGGCUGGCGAACGUGGUGUCGAGGCCCGGAGGUGGGAUGCUCUCGGAUUUUGUCGGGAAGAGGUACGGGAUGAGAGGGAGGUUGUGGGCUUUGUGGGGGGUGCAAACGAUCGGAGGAUUGCUAUGCGUGUGGCUCGGGAGGGUCGGGUCGCUCGCGGGCUCGGUUGCAGUGAUGGUCGUGUUCUCGGUUUUCGUGCAGGCGGCGUGCGGGCUCACGUUCGGUGUCGUGCCUUUCGUGUCCCGGAGGUCACUAGGUAUAGUUUCUGGGAUGACCGGUGGAGGAGGAAAUGUAGGUGCAGUUGUAACACAAGUGAUUUUCUUUAGAGGGUCAAGAUAUUCAACGGAGAGUGGGAUAACCUUAAUGGGGGUUAUGAUCAUAUGUUGCACACUAGUGAUUGCAUUAAUACACUUUCCUCAAUGGGGAGGAAUGUUGUGUGGGCCCACUGGGGGAUCGACCGAGGAGGACUAUUACAUGUCCGAGUGGACAUCGGACGAGAAAGAGAAGGGCUUUCACAUGGCCGGAUUGAAGUUUUCAGAGAAUAGCCGAAGCGAAAGGGGUCGGAGGUCCCAAUCGGGGCCGAGCCCUGGCGAUGGGAAUUCGAAUAACGCGUAA